ACAAUGAGAUAAUAGCAAAGUUUAUAAUCGUUUUUUCUGUACACAUAAUAUACGUCUGCGGUUAAAUAUAUAUUCAGGCCUUUAAAACCAUCAGUAUAAAUUGACAUCUAAUUAAAUGCUCUUCGAGUUCUAAACACAUAUAAACCGCGAAACAAAUAGUUUUUUUAUAUUCAUUUUGAAAAUUCCAUAUUACGUUGUGAUAAAUCAUACAUUCAACAAAAUGAGUGAGAAACAAUUAAUAAUUAAAACAGUCGCUGGUCCAUUUACCCUCACUGAAGGUCCACACUGGGAUGAAAGUACCAAUCUUCUCUACUUCGUUGACAUUCCAGAACAGAAAUUUUAUUGUUGGAACCCAAAAAACAAUAAACUCACACAUACGUCUUUCAAUUCUCCAGUUGGAGUUGCUAUUCCAAUAGCUAAUAAAAAAAAUGCUUUUGUGGUUGGAUGUGGUACUAAUGUUUUGGAAUUAACUUGGGAUACAAGUGCAAAUAAUACAAACCCAAUUACCAAAGUUAUCGCAUCGGUAGACACUGAUCGAGAUGAUACAAGAAUUAAUGAUGGUAAAAUUGAUGCUAAAGGUAGAUUUUGGUUUGGAACGAUGGGAGAAAAGAAAGAGGAAAUAAUUUAUAAACGAGGAUCUUUAUACAGAAUGGGAUCAGAUGGUAUUCCAAAAAAAAUGGUCAGCCCUGUGUGUAUCAGUAACGGUUUAACUUGGAAUCAUAAAAAUGAUACAUUUUAUUAUAUUGAUUCACCAACUAGACAAGUGGUUUCUUAUGAUUACGACUAUAAUACUGGUGACAUCAAUAAUAAACAUGUAAUAUUUGAUUUAAACAAUCAUAACAUUCCCGGAUUUCCUGAUGGAAUGACAAUUGAUGAAGGUGGAAAUCUCUGGAUAGCUAUUUACGACGGCGGACGAGUCAUCCAGGUUGAUCCUAGUAAUGGAAAUUUACUAAAGACUAUUAAUUUACCAGCAACGAAAAUAACAAGUGUGGCAUUUGGUGGUCAAAAUAAAGAUAUUCUUUACGUGACAAGUGCAAAACAAAAAUUAACUAAUGCAGAAUUACAAGAACAACCCUUAGCAGGUUCAGUUUUUUCAAUUGAAGGGCUUGAUGUAAAGGGAACUUCAAUGUUAGCUUAUAAAAUGACUAAUUGAAAACCAAUAGAUUGAAUAAAUGUAGUAAUUCAA